AUGAUACACUCAGGCGAAGGAGCAGAUCCGCCGGACGAGGGCAGGAAGCGUGCUACGGCGUCCAACCCGGAGAAUGGCCUCUCGCAAGUCCUGAGGCUUGUGCUGCAAGAGCUAAACCUGUUCUACAGCCGAGACGUGAACGGACUGUGUCUCCUGUACGACCUCCUGCGCUCGCCGUGGCUGCAGGCUCUGCUCAAGGUUUACGACUGCCUCCAGGAAUUUAAAGGGAAAAACCUCGUUCCUGUCACCACCCAGGCACAGGUGUUAUCCUAUGAGGUGGUGGAGGUAUUACAUGCAACCUCUGGUUCCCCUGAGAUCCAGGAGCUGAGACAGAUCCUCCAGGCUCCACACUUCAAGGCCUUGCUCAGAGCCCAUGACACUGUGGCUCGGAAAGAUUUUGAACCCCUCCUGCCCCCACUGCCAGACAAUAUCCCCGAGAGCGAGGAAGCCAUGAAGAUAGUUCGUUUGGUGAAAAACCAACAGCCCCUGGGAGCUACCAUCAAGCGCCACGAGCUGACAGGGGACAUCCUGGUGGCCAGAAUCAUCCACGGCGGGCUGGCUGAGAAGAGUGGUUUGUUAUACGCCGGAGACAAACUGGUGGAAGUGAAUGGAGUUUCCGUUGAGGGGCUGGCCCCUGAGCAAGUGAUCCACAUUCUGGCUAUGUCUCGAGGCACAAUCAUGUUCAAGGUGGUUCCAGUUUCUGACCCCCCUGUUAAUAGCCAGGAGACGGUGUACGUUCGAGCCAUGACUGAGUACUGGCCGCAGGAAGACCCCACCAUCCCCUGCGUGGACGCUGGCUUGCCUUUCCAGAAGGGGGACAUCCUCCAGAUUGUGGACCAGAAUGAUGCCCUCUGGUGGCAGGCCCGGAAAAUCUCAGACCUUGGUUCCUGUGCCGGCCUGAUCCCUUCUAACCAGCUUCUGAAGAGGAAGCAACGAGAGCGCUGGUGGUCUCGGCCAUGCCGGCCUCACACCCACCUCAAAUCGACCACCUCGAUUUCUAUGGAAGAAGACGACAUGAAGAUUGACGAGAAAUGUGUGGAAGCAGAUGAAGAAACAUUUGAAUCUGAGGAACUUUCAGAAGACAAGGAGGAAUUUGUUGGCUACGGUCAGAAGUUCUUUAUCGCCGGGUUCCGCCGCAGCAUGCGCCUCUGUCGCAGGAGGUCCCACCUCGGCCGGCUGCUCCCCGCGUGCUGUGCCAGCGGCUGCUGCAGCGCGGCGGGCGCCCCCUAUGAGGAGGUGGUGAGGUACCAGCGACGCCCCUCGGACAGGCACCGCCUCAUCGUGCUCGUGGGACCUUCUGGUGUUGGAGUGAAUGAACUGAGAAGACAACUUAUUGAACUUAAUCCUAACCGCUUUCAAAGUGCUGUGCCGCAUACCACUCGUUCCAAAAAGAGCUAUGAAAUGGAUGGACGUGAAUAUCACUAUGUGUCAAAGGAGACAUUUGAAAGCCUCACAUACAGUCAUAGGAUGCUCGAGUGUGGUGAGUACAGAGGCCACUUCUACGGCACCAGCGUGGAUGCCGUUCAAGCCGUCCUUGAUGGAGGGAAGAUCUGUGUCAUGGACUUGGAGCCUCAGGGUAUUCAAAUGGCUCGAAACCAUAAACUGAAGCCCUAUGUCAUAUUUAUAAAGCCAUCUAACAUGAGUUGUAUGAAGCAAUCUCGGAAAAAUGCCAAGAUCAUUACAGAUUACUUUGUGGACAUGAAAUUCAAGGAUGAAGACCUACAAGAGAUAGAGGAGUUAGCCCAAAAAAUGGAGACUCAGUUUGGCCAGUUUUUUGAUCAUGUGAUUGUGAAUGACAACUUGCAAGACGCACGUGCCCAGCUGUUGUCUGCAGUUCAGAAGGCUCAGGAGGAGCCUCAGUGGGUACCAGCAACGUGGGUUUCCUCCGAGACUGAGCCUUAA